ACAAGCGCUAAAACAAGGGUUUAUUAGAAUACAUUUGCUUCAUGUCUUUCCUGUGCAGGCCAGUUUGUGUCCAGCCAAAGCAUACUACAUCGCUGUAUAUCUCUGUAUAUUCUCUCAUAUAUUGUGUGUAAUGAAGGGAUUACAAGAACCAUUAUCUUUUAAACAAUAGAUUUUCUGAAAGAAAGUUUUGUCAAAGCCUUCAUUAGCCAAGGCCUCCCUCUGUGGUCUGAAUACAGGCCACAUUUUGCAGCAAUUACUUGACCAGAAAACAACUGCCAAUCAUUCUUAAAGGGGAAGGAUUCCAAUUAAUAAACCUCUUAAAUACUUUGGUUUCCCUCAGUAUCUAGUGAACAGUCAAACAGACAGUGGCUAUAGCCAGAGGGGAGGAACUCCAUUGAGUGUUCCUACUUAGUAGUUAUCGUUGAAGACUUUGAAGGACUUUAUCCGGGGAGGUUGGGAGGAGCAGGUGCACAGCUAACGGAACUCCCAUCCGCUGUCAUUUGCAACUUGUCGGACAGAGGAGCCACAACUCACGGCUCAGCAUUGUAAGAGGAUGUGUGUAGUAUAACUAAGCUACCUGUAUAGAGACUGACAGGAAAUCCAAGGACGCAAUUCUGCUCUGGCUUUCUCUCUCUUGAUAUAAUCCCUAUGUGACAAAUGACAACCUGUAGUGCUGUCUGUCACGUGUCCAACUAUAUCUGAGGGUGGCCCCUCAGCAGUAGGAAGAGGUCCUCUGGAUACAUUUGUCGAUGGAUACCUUGGGAAUGGUGGGCGACGGCUGCCUGUCACCAGACAACUACCAUGACAUGCUGAAGGGAGGGGGGUCUAGCGGAGGAGGCCGGGUCCACAGCAUCGACGUGAUCUUGGGCUUCAGUAAGGACCAGGACCCUCUGCUGACCCCUGUGGGGGACGUGGGGGUCCAUAAUGUGGCCACUGAAGGCCUGGAGGACCACCAGGGGAAGCAGGUCAAGUCAGACCCCUACGGACAGCUGGCCAGCCUGGGGGACAGCAACAGCACUCAAUUUCACGAGUCAGGCCUUUUCUCCAGUGAUAAGUGUGAUGGGGACCUGGGGGACCUCCAGAAGGGGUUGGACAGCGACAGGGGGAAGUCACCUGAGCCACCAGAGGAAGACCACCCCAGGAAGAAGCACCGGCGUAACCGCACCACCUUCACCACCUACCAACUCCAUGAGCUGGAGCGGGCCUUUGAGAAGUCCCACUACCCUGACGUCUACAGCAGAGAAGAGCUGGCCAUGAAGGUUAACCUCCCAGAGGUUCGCGUACAGGUGUGGUUCCAGAACCGUCGGGCUAAGUGGAGACGUCAGGAGAAGAUGGACUCCAGCUCCUUGAAGCUCCACGACUCCCCCAUGCUGUCCUUCAACCGGUCGCCCAUGCCCUCCAACAUGGGGCCCAUGUCCAACCCAUUACCCCUGGAUCCCUGGCUGGCCUCGCCCAUGUCCAGUGCCACCCCCAUGCAUACUAUCCCUGGCUACAGGGCCCCAGGGCAGGGCCCUCAUCUUCAGCCUGCCUACCCCAGCCACUCCCACAGCUUCCUCAACAGCCCCCCAGUACAUGGUGUGGUGCACCAGGGGAUGGUGCAAGGAAUGCAAGGGAGGCAAAGCAUGCAGUCAAUGGCUCCGCCUCCCUACCAGUGUCACCCUAGCUUCAAUGAUAACUACCCUAUGCAUGAGGAAGUGGAACGUAGCUCCAGCAUCGCAGCGCUGAGGAUGAAGGCUAAGGAGCACCUUCAUUCCUUGGAUAAAACCUGGCAGCACAUGUGAUCCAUUGGAGAGGAGAUGUUCUGUAUGAAGGCUGUCAACACGUGAUUGUAAUCACAAAAACAAAGACGUUCUGUAUAAAGGAUGGUCAACUUCAACACGUAUGAUUGUAAUCACAAAAACAACGACGUUCUGUAUAAAGAUGGUCUCUAUUUUCCUGGAUAUCAAUUGAAUAGGGGGGCACACAUCCUGAUGGAGAGGAUAUGUGGCACCUUGUCAACUUGUUGAGUGACUUGUGAAAACAGAACUGAUGAUCAAUUUAUCAUCAAGCUUUGAUGAUCGAUUUAUACUCCGGAUUCAGUUGAACUCGCACUAUAGUGGUCUUGCGAUGGCGGGCUGGAUUGUUGACCAAUAUGCCCCCCUAUCCGUGGAAAGGGACAGGAGAGACAUCUAAUACUGCGGAAUUCCAUAUUAGGGCCAGGAGUUUUCCUGACCAUGUGAGCUGACUACAAUAAGAAAUUCUCCUGGCCUAGAUGAGGCAAUAUUAUGACCUGACCAGAGAAAUCUCCUGGCCUAGACGAGGCAAUAUUAUGUAUGACCUGACCAGAGAAAUCUCCUGGCCUACAUGAGGCAGUAUGAGCUGAGACAGUGACUCCUAAAAUGUUCUCAGAAGACUCAGUCCUGGCGGAUCGAGGUUGAGUUGAGAAAAUCCUCUAUCUUGGGUAAUCUGUCACGCCUGCUAAUUUGGUCGGACAACCGUACCACUUAACACCUAAUUAACAGUUUUUAAAGCGAUUAACCUCAGGUUAACAAUUGAUGGACAGCUGCCCUCAGAGUCUCCCUGAAACCCCUUAGAUCCUAUUCAAGGCCUGAUAGUCAGUCACAUCCUUUCCUCCUUUUCUUUCCUAAUUUCCUUUCCUCCUUCUCUAUUCCUCUCCCAUUGUUUUACAGAGAUGCUGCUAGAUUGUUAGUUUCUGUUCAUACACACACCACACUAGGAUUUAUACAUUAGAGUGUCUGACAGACUACUACAUGUGUGGUGGUGUACAGCGUUGUGGUUAAUUCCAUUUCAAUUCAGUCAAAUCCUAAUUUCCCGAAAUUCCAAAGCAUUGAGGAAAAUUUGAAUUGAAAUUUGAGUUUACUUCCUAAAUUCUCAAAAUGCAACCCAACCCUGUGCACUACCACACAUGUGAUAGUCUGUCAUAAAUCCUUCUAACACAUCCUAUUAGUUAGUGCUGCUUCUUGAUGUAUUGUUGACAACAGGGGAGGCAGGCAGUCUCUUCAUCAUAGUGCUGUUCUGUUUUUACAUGGCUUAAAGCGGUCAGCAGUACAAUAACCAAGCGUUUUCCCCGCCCCUGUUUCAGAGGAAUGGGGCUGGAGUACUGUAACCACUCUCAAGUUCAUGGACAGAGCUAUGGAUGCAAGUUUUCACCAUGUUUUGAGGCUAUAUAGUGUUUGUUUACAUUGACUUUGUUUACAAACGUUGGCGUAAAACAGUCUUAUAUUUUGGGUUCUCACGAGGUACGGCAGUUGAAAUAAGCUCAUUAGGAAUAAGAGAUAUAUUUUUUGGAAGAAUCAAUGGGUACAUAUCAUUAAUGUAUAAGUCCAAAAAUGGAUGUAGCAACUGCUGAUUGCCCCUUUAAGUGGCAGCAGUUACUAUAGGGCACAGGAAGUACAAGAGGGUGUUCUUUCUAUGCAUUAUGGUUAUUCGGAAAUGAGGGGUCACAUACUGAGUGCGUGUGUGUGUGUGUGUGUGCGUGUGUGCAUGUGUGUGUGUGUGUGUGUGUGUGUGUGUGCGUGUGUGCGUGUGUGCGUGUGUGCGUGUGUGCGUGUGUGCGUGUGUGCGUGUGUGUGUGUGUGUGUGUGUAGCCCCAGAAUGAGAGCUGCCUGCCUGUCUGAUGUAACACUUCAGUGGGUUGACUGAUUCAUUGUUCAGGACUAUUGAUUCUCCUCUUGGUCUGAAGCUCCUGGAACCAAACGGUUUAGAGGCUGGACUAACUAAUGGUCAUUAAAUCCACCAGAACAGGGUUGGGGUCAAUUCAAAUAAUAAUAAAACAAACUUUUAAAAGUUUUGAUACACAUACACACAGCUUCUACUUUUCAGUCUAUUGAGAAGUCACUGAAAAUAUAUGCCCUUUGCUCAGUUUACUUCUUGUUUGACUGCCUUCAACACUGCACCUGAAAUCCUGAGGAAAGCACCUUGCUGUUGAAUCAUUGGUUAACUAGUAUUAAAUGUUUUACAUUUUAGCCAUAGAGUGUAGUUACCUUAUUUUUCUCGUAAAACCCACCAAACCCCGGGCCCUCUUGUGGAGUUACAUCUGGAAAUAUAUCAAAAAUACGGAGAUCAACAUUAUGAUUUUAUAUUUUUUUAAAUAAAACAUUCAUGGGAUACUUCUUGAUACAUUCCUACACACAGAAGUGCAUUUUGAAUUUUUGUGGGAUAUAGUAGUUAGUAAAAGCCAAAGAAUAUUUUUUUUUUAAACAUUUUUUACUGGACCCCCCCCCUAAAUCUAUUAAGUAUUUGUAAAACAUUGUCUAAUAUACACUGCGUGUACAAAUCAUUAAGAACACCUUCAUAAUAUUGAGAUGCACCCCCACCUACAAGGUGUUGAAAGCGUUCCACAGGGAUUCUGGCCCAUGUUGACUCCAAUGCUUUCCACAGUUGUCUCAAGUUGGC